GGUUCGGGUCCCCUGACACCCUUGGGCCCCCCCACCCCCCUCCCGACGUCACGUCUGGAGGCUGGCUCGCGCUGAGCGGCUCGUUCACCUCCAACAGAGAAACUUUCCUGGAGUUCUCCGGCUGUUCCGACUGCGGACCGAGUCCAAUCCGCUCCGAGGGGGGAAGCCGCAGCAGUUCGGAGGGCCUCCGUGAGACAGACAGCGCAGACACACUCACGUAUUCAUGCCCACUGGUUAUCAUUUUAUCAAACUUUCAAAGUAAAAAAAAAAAAACUGCGUUUUUCUGAGGUAGCGUUAGCUUAUUUGGUGUUUUGACACCCCGUGGUGCCUUCAGGGACAUGCUCAGGAAUACAACCGUUUCCCUGCGUAAGAAGUGAAAGGAGUGUUUCGCGGAGCCGACAGUAACCUGGACCUUUCUUUCAGCUCCAAAGUUUGUUUUAGUUUUUAUCUGACUUCAUAUUCGCUGUGGAUAUGGCUGGGAUAAGAUGGGGCCUCUUGUUUUCGUUCGGCUUCUUCCUCUCCCCGGUGUGCGUGUCCGCGGAGCGGCAGCAGCAGCACGGCCAGGCCGGCUUCAGGAGGCUGUACGUGCUGCAGCCCGGACCGGGGUCGGCCGGAGCCAACGGCGGCGUGCGAGUCAGCUCCAUCUCCACGCGUCACGGCGCCGCGGGGCGGCCGCACGCGUACAACGUGGAGCUCACCGCGAACGUCGGCGGCCAGGUCCGGACCCGCAGGAUGGGGAACCAAGCGGCGGCAGCAGCCCCGCAGUUCGGCCAGCAGCCGCAGCAGCAGCCGGGCGGUCGGCGCAGCGGGCCGGCGCGCGGCCAGCAGCAGAAGCAGCUCGUGAAGCUGUCCGGGGUGAAUGUCUGUGGAGGGCAGUGCUGUCACGGAUGGAGCGCAGCUCAGGGGUCGCAGCGGUGCACAAAGCCCAAUUGCCUCCCUCAAUGCCAGAAUGGAGGAAUGUGCCUCAGGCCUCAGCUCUGUGUCUGCAACCCUGGCUCAAAGGGGACGGCAUGCGAACAGAAGACGGUGGCCACACGCCCCUUUCCAGCCCCGCCAGGGAACGGGCCGACCAACGGGCACACGGCUGGUAACUCCAAUGGACACACCAAUGGACACACCAAUGGACACAACGUGGUACCCCAGCGGCCCAUACCCCAGCAAGUUGGUUAUAACCCUGCCCCUCCUCCAUCCAACAUGGCCCGGAUGAAACUAAGUGUCAAGUCGGCCCCCCAGCUUCUAAGACCCCAUUACGUCCAACAGCACAUCCAGCAACAGAUCCGGCCUAUGCCCAUGCACCCAGGUCAGAACCAGCAGUAUGUUCUAAAGCCCAAAUACUACCACACACACACCACGCACACACAGUCACAUGUCCAAUCCCAACCUGAGAGGCCCAUCCCCCUGACCGUGGGACACAACCCCAUCCAUGUGGGCAACCAUACAGGAAGGAUCAAGGUGGUCUUCACCCCGACCAUCUGCAAGUUAACCUGCAUCGGAGGCAGAUGUCACAACAACUGUGAGCUGGGAAACACCACCACCAUCAUCAGUGAGAACGGCCGCGCUACAGACACCCUGACAGCACCCAACUUCAGAGUAGUGGUGUGUCACCUGCCGUGUAUGAAUGGUGGAAAGUGCAGCACCAGGGACAAGUGCCAGUGCCCUCCCAACUUCACUGGGAAGUUCUGCCAGAUGCCGGUUCAGAACGGGCAGCAGCAGUCGGUCGGCUUCGGCCAAACUCAGGUCCACUCCACGCACACACUGCCUCUGACCUACAGCAACGGACAGAAUCCCGGGUUCAACCCCAGCAUCGUCAACAUCCACAUCAAACAUCCUCCAGAGGCCUCUGUCCAGGUCCACCAGGUGUCCCAGCUGGAUAAUUACAACAACAAUGGGCACCAGCUGAAAGGUCCCCAGACAGGCUCCUCUUCCUCCACCAGUUACACCUAUCACCACACAGAGAGCAGCCAGAAGAUCCAGCACCACGGCUACAACGUAGUUUAUCCCAGCCAGCAUGGCUACCAGAUCCCCCAGUACCAGCCUGUCACCUCCAAGAACACUCUGGGCCGCUGCUUCCAGGAGACAACAGGAAGUCAGUGUGGGAAGGCUCUGCCAGGUCUCACUAAGCAGGAGCAGUGCUGUGGGACCAUCGGGACGUCCUGGGGGUUCCACAAAUGCCAGAAGUGUCCAAAGCAACCAUCUAUUCCUCUGAUAGAUUGUCCUCAGGGCUACAAGAGAGUCAACAGCACUCAUUGCCAAGAUUUCGACGAAUGCCAGCUGCAGGGCGUGUGUGCCAAUGGGAACUGUCUGAACACCGUGGGCAGCUACAGGUGCAUGUGUAAACCCGGCUAUGUCCCUGACUCCACCCUCACCACUUGCAUAUCCAACACCCCUGCCAUCCAAGAGGAGAAGGGGGCUUGCUUCCGUUUGGUCAGCUCAGGGAGGCAAUGUUUGCACCCAGUAUCUACCCACCUGAGCAAACAGCUCUGCUGCUGCAGUGUGGGUAAAGCCUGGGGCCCUCGUUGUGACAAAUGCCCCCCUCCAGGAACAGCUAAGUUCAAAGACAUCUGUCCGGGUGGACUGGGCUACACUGUCCUACCAAAUCCACCAGUCAAUAAGCCAGUCAUCAGUUACCAGGAACCCAAUGACCCACUACCCCCCCAACCCCUGCCAACACCAGAAAGACCAGUGGAGGCCUUUGGGAAACCAGAAGACAUUAUACCAGUGGCAACAACUGCACCAGAUCAGGAGCUGGUAGUUCCGGUGGUUAGUAAUAGGCCAGUAGUUGAACCUGUCCAGCCCCAGCUAUCUCCAGGUGUAUCCACUGUCAGGAUCAAUGCAGCCUACCCAGAAGUUGUUGAGAGGAGCUCUCCUCCCACACCAGUGGAGAUCCUCCCAUCGAAUGCGGGCCAGGACAUCGCCCCCACCCAGUCAGCCGAGGUGGAUGAGUGUCAGAUCAACCCCUAUAUUUGUGGCCAGGGGAUUUGUUACAACACGGCUGAGGGUUACACCUGCCACUGUGAUGAGGGAUACCGCCUGGAUGACGCCCAAACCACCUGUGUAGAUGGAGACGAGUGUUUGGAAAGCACAUCUUUGUGCUUUGGCGGUCGCUGCAAGAACACAGAGGGCAGUUUUCUGUGUGUGUGUCCACGGGGAUUCCUCGUCAGUGAGGAGGGAACCAGUUGCUUUGAUAUCGAUGAGUGCCGGGAUCAGCGGGUCUGUACCAGAGGCCAAUGCCAGAACACCGAAGGCUCCUUCAUCUGCCGGUGUGGGCUCGGCUUACGAGUGUCCCCAGUUGGAGACAACUGUGAUGAUGUGGACGAGUGUCUAGAAGAACUCCGGCCCUGUGAGGCUGUCGGGGAGUGCGUUAACAACAUGGGCUCCUACACCUGCACCUGCCCCCGGGGAUACCGGCAGGUCAACGGCACCAGCUGCAGAGAUGUUGAUGAAUGUGUGGAGGAACCAGAGCUGUGUUCUCCCCACGGAGAGUGUCUCAACACAGAGGGGUCUUACCUGUGUGUGUGCCAGAGUGGAUUCACUGCCAGCUUAGACACGCCCUCCUGUGAUGACAUUGAUGAGUGUGGGCUCAAUGAGACUCUGUGUGGCCCGAGUGGCUUCUGUGAGAACAGACUGGGCUCCUUCCAGUGCCUCUGUGAGCAGGGCUACCAGGAGUCCCAGGACGGCCAAGACUGUGUGGACGUGAAUGAGUGCGAGUUGCUGAGCAGUGUGUGUGGAGGGGCGCAGUGUGUGAACGUGGACGGGUCCUUCCUCUGCGUGUGUCCCAGCGGCCAGGACUACAACGUCAUGAUCGCCGAGUGUGAGCCGCUUCCCACAGUGCCGUCAGUGGAGCGUAAAGAGUGCUACUAUCGUCUGAACGAUGAGAACCUGUGUGAGAGUGUGCUGAUCAGCCAUGUCACCCUGCAGGAGUGCUGCUGCACACUGGGAGCCGGGUGGGGGGACAACUGUGAGGUGCAUCCCUGUCCUGUCAACGGCACAGACCAGUUCAAUGAGAUGUGUCCAUCUGGAAGAGGUUUCCUUCCCAGUGGAGACUUACUGUAUGGAGUACCCACAUCUGACAGCUACAAAGAUGCAGAUGAGUGCACCCUGUUCGGCCAGGAGGUGUGCAAAGGAGGCUUCUGCUUGGACACCGUCGGCAGCUACGAGUGCUACUGCAAGACGGGCCACGACUACGACGCCGUCAAGCUGGAGUGCAGAGACAUCGAUGAGUGUGAGGACGAGUCGGCGUGCGCCGGGGGCCAGUGCCACAACACGGACGGCUCCUACAUGUGCUUCUGCACACAUCCCAUGGUGUUGGACCCCAACCUGAACGGCUGUGUGUUCAGCUCCGAGGUGGCCGGUCAACAUGAGGCGGAGCAGGUGGACUACCUGGGUAUCUGCUGGCAGACGGUCACAGACUCCCUGACCUGCACGCGGCCGCUGGGUCCCGACAGGAAGACCACGUACACAGAGUGCUGCUGCCUGCACGGAGAGGCCUGGGGCAUGGACUGUGCCCUGUGUCCCCCCAGAAACACGGAGGAUUAUGCGUCCAUGUGUAACCUUGGCGGGCGGCGGGCGUACGGUCACGACGCCCUCGUUGCCGGGCCGACCCAUGAAUAUGAAGUGAGCCCAGACGGUCCUCCGUCGGCCGAGCAGCGGGCCGUCCUGCCGUUCUACGAGAACGUGGAGCACCCACUCAGGGCCUUUGAGGGCUUGCGGGCGGAGGAGUGCGGGAUCCUGAACGGCUGCGAGAACGGCCGCUGUGUCCGGGUCCAGGAGGGUUACACCUGCGACUGCUUCGACGGGUACACCCUGGACCUGUCCCGCAUGGCCUGCGUCGACGUGAACGAGUGUUCGGAGCUGAACAAUCGGAUGUCCUUGUGUAAGCAUGCAAAGUGCAUCAACACGGUGGGCUCCUAUCGGUGUGUGUGUCUGCCCGGCUUCACGGCCUCGGACAAACCCAACUACUGCGUGGCGUCAGCACGCGCAGUGAGCGUGGACAGACACUAGGGGGCGACGAGAGACACUAAAAGCCACGCGCACAAGCUCGUAUUGCUAUACUUGUGAGGACGUCCACCGACAUUCAGCCACUGCAACAACAAAAAACUCCACACUAGACUUAAAGUUGAACUCUCUGGUUUUUGGUUAACGUGUCCAGCAGCACUCGUGAAUCCCAAAAAACACUUCAGAGUUGCUCAUCAAAGGUGACCUUGAGGAUAGUUUGAGAUUUUGGGGUAGUGUGACGAAAUCAGGGGGUUCAAAAUGCCCCAAAAUCUAAAUCACACAUAAACCUUAAACCUUGCCUUUGAAUUAAUCUAAUUCUUAUUCUUAUUUUACUCCAUCAUUUAAAAACUAAUCCAGAUCUCCAGGAUAUGUAUGUGUAUUCACUUCCUGCAUUUCCCUUCUGCUCUACAGCCCUGUGGAUUUAUUUUGUUGUAUUUUGUUUUCCAUCAUUUUUUUUUUUUUUUGUUAAACCUGUCCUAUAUAUAUAUAUUAUAAAGUACUCCCAAUGUUAAGACCAAUUUUUUAUAAGAAAAUAUACUAGUAUAAUUCUUAAUGAACUUUCAGACUAUGCUGUUGACAUGCAACUUGCUUUGGUUAAAAAAAAGUGACAUGGCAGCAAGUCAAAAGGAAGUUCCGAGGGCAUUAAUAUUCAGAGAAUGGUAUAAAAUGGUAAAGGGUAAAUGUGGUGUGCCCGGUACAGAGUGAUGUUGGCCAAUUGUAGGUCAAAUGUUUGCUAUGUUUACUGUUUUAGUUUUCACGUGUUUGAAUGCUAGUGUUUGCUAAAUAGCACAAAACCGAACAUCGCAGCUCCGGCUGAUGGUCUGUUUAUUUAGUCAUAAACCAAAGAAUUGGACACGUAUAAAGAAAUUGACCUGAUGAUGGCGCUAAAGACAAAGGUCAGGGGGUCACCAAAGACAUGUCAGCUGACGUCCCUCGAGCAAUCCCCAGGAACGUUCGAGCAACAUCACUUUCUUACUGAGCUCAACAUUCGAUGAGUUAUGUUUAAUAUGGUUUUAUGUAUUUAAAAUGGUUCAAAUCAAGCUAAAUUAAUGCCAAACAUUAUCCUCAUCUUGCUAUAUUUUAAAUGACAGACUUGUUUUAAUCCAUGAGGGGACAUUUGGUCCUUAAAGUAUAGAAAUACAACAAACACACACACAUACUUACUUAAUCGACGCCCAUAUAUCCUGCACUGUAAAGCAUACACACGACAUGAAACAACGAGUCAUUUACUUGAGAUGAAGAUUCAACUUAAUCUACUAUCAGGUGCCUCUGUUGGGGACAGAAACACACAAUUGUAAAAAAAAAAAAAAAAAAUCCAUGUUUUGUCUGUUGCUUUUCUAAGUUUGUGUCUUAUUUUGUUCUUAAGUAGCGUCGUUUGUGUGUUGGAGGCCGUUUUGCUCAUUUAACGUAUCGACAAACCCACGGACUUGUGCUGGGGGAUCCAGUUGUUUUUCUACCCGGUCACACUGAUUGUGGAUAUUUAAUUAUGUGAAGAGGCCAACUGUCCUGCCCCCUCUCUUCCUCCACUGCCAUAAAGAAUCACCAAAUCCUUGAAUAUGCACAUGUUGACGUUCUAGACUAAAGUUGCGAAUGUAAAGCCUUUUAAAGACGCUUUUUGUUGGAUUUUGUCUCUAGUUUGUAAGAAUGGUAAAAUGCAAUCAUAAAACUGGGACAUAGUACAACGCCCCGUGUCUCACAAAGAACUAAAAGACGUUAAGUUUCCUGGUAUUGCUUCCUAUUGUUCCUUCAACAUGUAUAUGUUGAGAUGACUGAAAUGCAUUGUUAUUUGUCAUAAUUCUCUUAACUGCAUGUUGCUGCAUGUUGCCAGGUUGUGAAGCUGCUAUGGGCCAGCGAUGGGAGAGGAGAAACUUGUGUACAUUUAAACAAGAGAGGGGGAAAAGGCUCAUGUAUUUGUAAUUUGUACAUGAAUAAAUAGCUUUUUCUAUGAAUUCAUACUAUAGUGUACAUUAAACCUCUUGGUAAUAAACCACAAAUUGUGAUAUUUG